GCUGGCAAAACAACUUUACCACGAUUGAAAACGUGGAUUUCCGCAACGCCGUUGAAAUCAAGUUUAACAGCUGCCCAUACCUCAAGACGCUCUCGAACCUGACCGUCUCGUCAAAACUGAGCAAAUUCUACUUUGACGACUCGCAUUUUACAACGUUCCUCGUUGACCAGCCGACGUACACGGCGCUCCAGGCGGUGCCGACGUUUGCUGUCGGCAGUAUCGAUGUCUCGGCUUCGUGCAAGGCGCCCAACACCAUCCAGCCGCUCAAGACCAAGUACUCGGUCUGCGUCAUGCCAGCGUCGGGUACGGCAGUCGAUAAAUUUCCCAUCUCAUCAUUUAACGCCGUAGCGACAGACGAGUCUGGCUCGUCGUCCAACACAGGCGUCAUCGUCGGUGUCGCGGUCGGCGCAGUCGUGCUUGUGCUCGUCAUCGUCGGCUGCGUGCUGUAUCGCCGCAAGAAGAACGCUGCCUCCACGGGCACGAGCCACAACGGGUACACGGCCCACAACACGACGACCCAGGGUAUGACGACGUCGACGGGCCAAUACAGCAUGGCUUUCAACAUGGAGGAUCUCGAACUGCUUCGUCUCGACGAGCAAGCGCUCACCAAGAUCCAGUCGGUGGCCCAAGGCGCGUACGGUGAAGUCUACCGCGGCGAGUACAAGGGUCAAUUGGUCGCUAUCAAGUGCAUGCUUCAAGGCAAGAGCUCCCGUGCCGAUAUUUCCAACCUCAUUGACGAAAUCAAGCUCACGGCCAAGCUCGACUGCCCGUACGUUGUCAAGACGAUCGGUGCGAGCUGGCGCGUCCCGUCCGAGCUGCAGAUGGUCCUCGAGUGGAUGGACCGCGGGGACCUCAAGAGCGUGUUGGAGAAGACCAAGCCGAGCGUGCCCGGCGGCGUCUCGGCGACGUUUCCGUGGGAAGAAAAGUUUCAGACCAUGCUCGCGAUCGCCGACGGUCUCGUCUAUCUGCACUCGCUCGACGUCAUCCACCGCGACCUCAAGUCCCGCAACGUGCUCAUGGACUCGCAAAAGGGCACCAAGCUCACCGACUUUGGCGCGUCGCGCGAAGUGACGACCGAGACCAUGACGAUCGGUGUCGGCACCUACCGCUGGAUGGCGCCCGAGAUCCUCCAGGACAAUCACUACACGACGGCGGCCGACAUUUACUCGUUCGGGAUGGUCAUCUCGGAGCUCAACACGCACUACAUUCCGUACUCGGACAUGCGCAACGACAAGGGCAAUGCGCUGGUGGACACGGCGAUCAUGAGUCGCGUGAUCCAAGGCACGAUCCAGCCGACGUUUACGGCGUCGAUUCCGUCGUGGGUGCGGGUGCUGGCGCUCGAGUGCCUCCGGCCGCAUCCCGAAGACCGGCCGAGCGCGACUCUUGUUGCGCACACGAUCCGGCAGCAGCUCAAGGUCGGCCUGUAG